UUCACUGAACACGGGAAUGCAAGUAUCUCUUUGAGAUUAAUUCCCUCGGGUAUAUGCCCACAAGUGGGAUGGCUGGAUCAUAAGCUAGUUUGUACUUUACUUAUUUUUCAACAGUCUUCAUUUUAUAUGCAUAUUUGUCUAUUGGGUUGUUGAUCCUUUUAUGUAAUUUUUAAAGCUCUGUGUAUAUUAGGGAAAUUAAGCCCUUUGUCAUAAAUAUUGAAAUUUUUUUACAAGUUUGAUACCUUUUAACUUGGUUCAUUUUCUUUUCAUUUUCCCACACAGAGGUUUUGUUUUUAUAUAGUCAAACUUAUCAAAUUUUUCCUUUAUGGAGUCUUGUUUUUAUAUUCUUCUUAGAAAGCCCUUCCCUGUGCCAAGAUGAUAGAAAUGUUCACCCAUACUUAUUGGUAGUGAAUUACGUUUUUCAUUUUCCACGUUGUGAUCUUGACCCACCUGAAAUGUAUUUUGAUGUAAGGAGCACAAUUCUUUCCCAGGUGUCUUGCCAGCUGUUACAGCCCAAUCACUGAAUAACUCGUGCUUUGUCCACUGAUUUGAAAUGCCACUUUAUCACAUCCUGAUUUCCAUCAGUACCCAGGUCCUCUUCUAGAUUAUUUUAUGCCCUCAAGCUACUUGUGUAAAUCUGCUCCAGGACCACCCUGUUUUAGACAUUGAAGCUUUAUGCUACGUUGAGUCUUUAUAGCACAGCGGUGAAGAGGUGAACUCUGAAACAAGCCGCCUAGGUUCUUAUGUUGGCUCUCCCCUUCCACAAUCCACAAAGUAUGUUCACCACUAAGUCUACUAGCCAGACUAAAUCUGCCUGGCAACCGGUGACCUCCCUCCACCCACCGCAGGGCCAAACCUGCCUGCCAACUGCUGACCCCAAGAAUCCUCCCUCAAAGAAUAAACUAGGAGAGAAGAUGCUCCAAGGAGUCAGGGAAGAUGCAGUGGGAAGGAACGGGAAGACCUGAGCUGUGCUUCACAGCGAAGCACACAGAUCGUCAGCUUUCAGAGCUCUGGGUACCAUGGGGCCAAGACCGUGGCAGUGGUCUACGACCUGAAGAUCUGGAGCCCAGACGAGUGAAUCAACAGAGGCAGGGGCAGGGUCUGUGCUGGGGGUCUGUAGGGGGCACUUCAGAUGUAAGCAUCUCCAGGGUGAAUUGCCUAAAUCGCCUUCCGGCUGCCGCGAAAUACUAAAAUCGCCUCUGGCCCCAACGGCAGUGGCUCCCGCAGCCCGUCAGGUCCUGGUCGCGCGCCCAGACAGCCCCCCACCCCCCGCAAGAGCCCUCAGAAGCGACCGGUCUUCUCCAGACUCGCGCGUCAGUGGCGGGUCGCGGAUGGGUCCGCCCUGGAGACACCGACAUAUCCCCGCAGGUGCCCGGGGCUGAGGCCGGUGGGGCUGGGAUGCGGUAGACCCUGGCGGAGAGUAGACGGAGCAGGGGUCACAGAGGCCGAGGAAGACCCAGCGCACAGAUCCAGGUCGGCCGGACUGGUGACAGAGACGAUUAUCCCAGGCCGAGGCUGAAGGCAGAGGGAGCAUCGGCAGCAGAGUGAAUUGCAGAUUCCUUCAGAAGUUAGUGGGCCUGUAAGAAGAAAGUCAUGGAGUCGUUUGAAGAAAUAGCAGACGAAGAGGUCCCCAAAGAACCCCGAAUUUACGUGUCCCAAUCGUUGAGGCGCCUGACCAGGGAGAUUCUGGCCACCAAGACACAAAACUGCUUCACUCAGACUAAAAGAACCGAGAUCACCAUGAUCCAGAUUGCCUUCUCCAUCGGAUUAGACAGCAUAUGGCGUUUCCCUUACCUGUGUCAUCGGAAUGGAGGAGGCAGCUUUAUCCUGGUGUACUUCUUCAUGCUCCUCUUGUUUGGAAUUCCCCUCUUGUACAUUGAGAUGAUCAUGGAGCAAUGGCUUCGUGUGGACAACGUCCGGAUCUGGAAGCAGCUCGUCCCCUGGCUGGGCGGCAUAGGCUACGCUAGCAUAAUGGUGUGCAUCUUGGUGAGCUUGUAUAACAGUGUCAUCAUUGUCUGGAGCCUCUCCUACCUGAGCCACUCCUUUGAUCACCCUCUGCCCUGGAACGAGUGCCCACUAGUGAAGAACAUCAAUGUCACCGACCUCUCUUGCCUUCGGACUGUGUCCCACCAGUACUUCUGGUACCACACCACCCUGAGUGCCUCAGGCCACAUUGAGGAAGGGGUCAAGGCCCUCGUCCUGCACCUCACCCUGGGCAUCUUCGCAGCCUGGUUCCUCCUCUUCUUAAUCAUGAUUACGGGGCUAAAGGUAUCAAUACCGAUGCUGAUUUUCUCGGUAUUCCUCCUCUACAUCCUCCUCUGCCUCUUCAUCCGAAGUCUUUUUCUGGAAGGUGCCAUUGCCAGCCUCAGACGUAUGGUGACCAUAGAGCUCUCUGCCUGGGCCUCGCUGGACCUGUGGCGUCAGGCAGGAAGCCAUGUGCUCUAUUCCCUGGGCCUGGGCAUGGGCACCAUCAUCAACUUGUCCUCCUGCAAGACUGGAGGCAGCAACUAUGCCCAGGUGGCCUCCUUGAUGGCCCUGGUCAACCUGGUGACCUCAUUGCUGGCCACAUCCAUCAUCUUUAUAGUGCUGGGAUUCUGGGCCGCCACCAGUGGCCACGCCUGUGUUGAGAAGGGCGUCUCAAAGCUGAUGAAGCUGAUAGACGACGGGGUGCUGCCUCAGGAUGCUAAGCCCCCAGAAAACAUCCUGCUUCAGCCCCCCCUGGAUUACUUAGACUGGAUCAGCAACCUCCCUCGACACCUCCAGGACCAGGUCAUCCGCUUCUCCCCGUCCUGCAGCAUCAAAGCGCAGAAGGAAAAGUUCAUGGAGGGCCCUGGCCUGGCAUUCGCAGCCUUCUCCCAAGUCGUCUCGUUAUUCCCUGCCUCUUCCCUCUGGGCCAUCCUCUUCUUCCUGACGCUUGCCGUCACAGAGCUGAGCACCUUGAUAAGAAUCCUGGAAGGCAUUGUUGUUCCCUUCCAGAACUCCAUCUUCAGGAAUUAUCCCCAGCUGCUCUCAGGUACCACGGAUUCUCACCCCAGUGAAAACCCUGCCCUGCUGCCCCCAGUCCCCAGGUCACCCCCAAUCUCCAGGGCUCGUUCGACCCCUGACCCAGCCCUACACAUACACCUCAGUGUGGCCAAACCUGCCUCUGCCUUAGCAGUCGUCUGCUUGGGAGGUUUCCUGGGCAGCUUCGUCUUCACCAGUCGCCCCGGCAGCUACAUAAUGUCCUUGUUUGAUGACCGCCUGGUCCCGCUGACCCUCAUCACCAUUGUGGCCUUCCAGAAUGUGGCCCUGGCCUGGAUCUAUGGAGCUAAAAGGUUCAGGGAAGAAAUAUCGAGUGAGCUGGGCCACUUUCUGUGGUCCUUCUUCACUUUCCUGUUGUGCUACAUGACCCUGCCCGGGCUGCUGGCCCUCCUCAUCAUCUGCCUCAUCCAGCUCUACCAGAGGGUACCCCCCUACUACAUUGCCUGGAACAGCAGCGUGACCCAGGAGGUAAAACAGCCCUACCCACAGAACACCCUGGGCUGGGUCACCUUCCUCAGCAUCCUCACGCUUCUGCCAAUCCCAGUCCACCCACUUUACCAGUGGUGGCACCUCCAGGACCACAUUGCCUCUGAACGCUUUGAAAAGCCACUGUCCAAAAAGAUGCCCUUGGCCCCCAUCAAGCACUUCGCAUGGCCUAAGCACCGCUUGGUGAAGUCCAACUUCAAGAUGCAGGAGGGAAACAGCGAGAGCUCAUUGAAAGCGUUCAGCCUGACCUUGGACAAGGGGCCGGACGUGGUCCCCUUACGUCAGUCCAACCUGCCCUCCAGUGUGACCAGUCAGGACUCUUCCUGGCUCAGCCUGCCUCGCAUUUCCUCCCUGACUUCCAUGUUGUCCAUAAGGAGUGCCAGCCUAGUCCCUUCGAGGCAGGUGAGCCCAAUCUCAACAGAAAUAGACAACAGUGACAAGCACGGGGAGACCAAAGAAAAUCACAAGAAAUCUGUUCAGUAACUGCUGACACCACCCCUUUUUCCAAGGCAGCAAAUCCACCCCAUAACUGUCCACAUUAGUGCCCAUUUUGCUACAGGAAUAACUGGUUCUACCAGAAAGGAGGGGGAGGGGCACGUGGACAACUUUCCUAGCAACCGGUGACAUCACUUAUUUGGCCUUGGAAGGAAAUGGACAACUCGGGAGCUCUUCCCUCUCCUGGAAUAGUAUCAGUUCUGCUAAGUGGACCACUCUUCUCUGGGAUUGGAGACCUCAGAAGAAAUCAACUGAACUGCUCACAGGGUUGGACCCAGUGCCCCCUUUCUUCCUGUGAAGUGGGGGCACCAUUUUGGCAUAACGGUGAUGGGCAUCACAGCACUUUCUAGGACCCAACCUCCCUAGUUGUCAUGGAGAUAGACAGUGUUCUCUCCAACCCCCCACUUCCCAACCAACCUGGAUCAGUGGGCUGGCUAACUUCUCGAGGACUGUCCUCUCAGAAUGGAUCUGGAGCAACAAUUCUGUGGGCCAAUAAAUCGGUCCACUGGGACCCCAAGCACAGGCUGUGGGCAUAGCGUUCUUUUCGUGAGCAGCUCAGAUGUCAGCCUCCUCCCACACACACAUCCACCAAAUCGCCAACCUCUGGUGAACUGAGUAUCCAGCGUGGUGACCCCAAUCUCUCUCUGCCUUCGGGACACAGAUACGGAGUUUCUAGAUCCCUCCUUGUCCUGGAGUUGAGCCAAACUGUGGGGUAACUUUGCAACCGUCAGUAUCACUCAAUCCAGAAGGUGUGUUAAUCCCUAAAUCUAACUUGGUAAUUGGUGACCAAUGUGUCCCACGACUGUCAUCUCACUCCUGCUACCAAGAGGCUAGCAUGCUGGAACAGCACCGGUGUGGAGGUCCUCUCCAGCUGGCUAUUAUGCUUCGUUCUUACUUCCGGCAGAGUCUCUCAGCCACUUGGGCCCUGGGAGGUGGGUCACAUGGUUUCCGUGGGCUAGGGACCAAGGAGUCUUGGAGAACUUGGAGCUUAUUAGGUUGUCUACGGGAAUAGUUAACACUACCCAGCCUCUUCAAAUGUCACACGGAGUUAAGGCAGCUUAGGGAGUGGAGGUGCCUUCUAGAAGGCACACCCCCUAGUGAUUUCCCGGGCAAAAACUCUUCCCUACCUCCCAACCCCCAAAGGUCCUGACCGUGGGGAUCAGUGCCAGCUCCCAUCACCACUCACUCUGGUUCCCAAUCACUUCCCAAGUCUUCGCCUGCCCUUCACACCUUUUGUUUACCUGGGAGAUCGCUAAACAUUCUUUAUCACACUCCCCUAUCAGUGACGACAAUUUGAGAAAAUAUCCCCAACAUAUGUAGAAAAUUUACAUGUGAAGUACUGUCAUUCUACAUACUUAAUAUCAAUAAAGCUUAACUUGUUUUGCUUGUUUUGGUUAAAAAAAUAGACAUAAGUAGAAAUUCUAAAUUUUUCUUCGUGCAUCCCCAGUGUAAUGGCUUCUACAGCCUCAUUUGGAGAGCCCUGAAAGGGUCAGAGGCAAAAGGCCCCACGGCCUCCCCACACCCAAGCCUCUCACCUCCUUCCUCCUCCCUUGCUCUCCAGGGACCCUGGGUCUGAGGUGACCCAGCUCGGGAAACUGGAGCUGAGCAGAGUAGGCCUGGUCCCCCUUCCACCCUCACCCUCACGUCUAUGUCUUUCUUCACCUCUCAGAGCCAGGACGGGCCACCAUGAACCAGGUAUCACCAAGCGUCUGGUGGGAGUAAGAUAAAAGCCAGCAUAGGUGAUGCAUCUAAGUCAGGUAGAGAUCCAGCUCUAAGUUUGUUUUUGUGAGAAGUUGGGGGAUGAGAAGUCCUGGCACAGAGGACACUGUUCCAGGCGCUGCGAGAAGUCCCUGUGCUCUUGUUAAUACUUGGACAGGGCAACAGACAGGCCCUUUGCUGGGUUCCUCCACCCACCUCUCCUUUCAGGAAGUGGAUACUGCAGGAGGCUCAGAGAAGAAAACUGCCCUGAGGUCAAGCAACCAGUCAGUGAUUGAGGCGACAAGAGGAUCAAAGUCUUCUGGCUCCUAGUCUGGGGUCCUUUCAUUUUUCAUGUCCCUACCAGGCUAAAUGCUUCUUGACCCUUACAGCUGGAGUGCUGUCAUGUGACCUACAUUCCCCACUCUAAGGCAUUCCCACAAGCUUGGAGGGGAAAGCAAAGACAUGCGAGGUGACCUCUCUGUAUGAGGUGUCAACUUAAAAAGCAAAUUUGCCUGGCAUUUUACCCUCAAAAUGAAUUUAUUUUGGAAAAGCCAAAAGAAUUGCAAUUCAAGAUGUGCAUGCUGUGGCAAACCAUAGGCUAAUCCAGAGAACAAAGGAGGGGAGCUGCUUUUAUAGAGAAAAAGGGGGAGGCUGAGGGGCUGUUCUAAGGAAAGUCUAUUGGGGGAAAGGAACAGUUCAGGGAGGCAACGGGGCUUCUCAUUGGCUGAGCUGUGGCAUUUCUCAUUGGCUGAGCUGCGGCAUAUCUCAU